AGACGUAACGCGAUAAGGACGUAACGCAAGGUUCCGGAUAGAAAGUACAAAAUACAAAGUCAAGUCUCACGGCGAUAGUCGCAAUCGAGUAUCGAUUAGUUACAAUAUCGAAUAUCGAAUCACGCAUCCGUUGCGUGUACAUGCGAUACCCAAUCGAUAUCCAAUCAAUAAUUCCAAUCGUGUCCUUAAAGCCAUUUUAAGUCACGUACACAUUGCUACUAGGUUCAAUUCGAAAUAGCGACUUUUCUCCUAUCUACAAGAGCUGUAUCUGCAUAUCGCCGGACGGUGUGAACGUACCUUUAGGCAGCUUCCAAACUAGUGUCCCGCCCUUGUAACGCAUUCUGUUCAUGAAAAUCUUGAAGUUUGUUAAUUUUUUUCAUGUCUAUCUUUUUUUUGCGACUUUUUUUCUCAAUCCUUACAGCAUCCCCUUCGUAUGCUCCCGCUGUACCAUUUUUCUCGAUUCUUAUCAAAACAAAAUUAUCGAGUGCUCCAUCGAGCGUGGUAUCGAUUGCCAUUUUUUUUACUUGAUCAUCCGUCAUUCUUAUUGACCGUGUCCUUUAUCCAUAUAUGAAGACACAUAUGUCACCCGGGCAACGUGGUGUAUAUAUAUAGAGUGACCAAUAAUUUAAUGAUUCACGUGUAUGAAAUCCCUAUGUGUGAAAAAUGUAUUUUGUGGAAAUUUUUGGAAAUGUUUUUUUGAAUUUUUUUUUUAUUAUUCUUCAGUGACUUAUUGACACAACUUUAUUAUUCGCGAUAAAUAUAUUUUCUGGCACAAAUUUAUUUCUCGUUCGAUAUCGCAUUGCUGCUGUUAUCUGGAAAAAAAAAAAAAAGAUUGCUCGUCCUUUAUCCUUUAUAUUGCACAAUUUAAUGGCAGUUCACUGGUCCCGCACAUUUGGCUCCCUGAUCGCAGCCUCUGCUCGAGCGUGACGUUAUUCCCGAUUUACUUUAAUUUAUUCGUCUUCAAGAUUUAUGCAAUUUUAUCAUAACGAUUCGUACACUUCGCGCUCGAAAAUUAUCUACUUUUCUUUUUAGCCUUAAUGGGAGUCUUCAUUUCGCGAAAAUACUCGAAUCCCAUGUUUCACCUGAUAUCCAUAAAUUUUUAUUGACACUCGCACUAAUUACAUCCUUGCUCGACGAUAUCGCGCGAAAAGUACCUUAAUUUCUCGUAAUUACGAUUUUAUCGCCUUCGUUAAUUAUUUUCUUCGAAAUUCGCAUUGAACGGCCAUUUUUUUGUCUUAUCGACGAAAAUAAACGCCAAAAUAAUAAAAGUUAAUCCUCAUAAAGACGAACGGGUUAAAUCGAUCGAUGUGAACGCAGCCUAAAGCAUCUCCGUCAGGAUCAACGAACUUGUGCUAAAUAUGUGAACUUAUCCGCGAAGGAAGAUCUCGAAGAAGAUCCUUUCGAAUGUUACGUGAAAAAGGUCGUGGAACGAAGUGAGUGUGCGUGCGCGUACGUGUUAUACGUGUAUAUAUUUAAAAAAAAAAAGUGCUUCGAUCGUGAUCGAUAAUUAUAAUAUCGAUCUUAAAUUUAAAAAAAAAAAGCCAAAAAUUAAUUCGAACGAAUGAGCUCCCUUCUGGCAUCGUCCGUUAAGGGCGCCUUGGGGAUGAGGGAGAAAAGACCGGAGGAUCGCGAGAUGAGACUUUUUGGAUGCCGAUGGUCUUUUUGGAAUUUUGCUGCCAACUUCACAGGAACUCCGUCGACGCCAAUAAUGCCGGGCGGAGCCCCGGGUACGCCAUCCUCUAAGGCAAAGGAAAAACUCAUGAUGAGGACAAAAGUCGUCGUGGCUCUUUAUCCCUUCAGAGCCAUCGAGAACGGCGACCUCUCUCUUGAAAAGGGCGCCGAAUACGAAGUCUUGGACGAUUCUCAAGAAUUUUGGUGGAAAGUCAAAGAUGAGCAUGGAUCGAUCGGCUACAUUCCCAGUAAUUACGUGAAGGAGAAGGAGCUGCUGGGACUUCAAAAAUAUGAAUGGUACGUUGGCGACAUGUCCAGACAACGUGCGGAGUCAUUGCUCAAACAAGAAGACAAAGAAGGAUGUUUCGUAGUUCGUAAUUCGUCAACAAAGGGUCUCUACACCCUCUCGCUAUACACAAAAGUACCGCAUCCUCACGUGAAGCAUUAUCACAUAAAGCAAAAUUCACGUGGCGAAUUUUACCUCUCCGAGAAACACUGCUGCGACUCUAUUCCGGAUCUUGUCAAUUAUCACAGGCACAACAGCGGUGGUUUGGCAAGUAGACUGAAAACCAACCCCUGCGAUCGUCCUGUACCACCGACCGCAGGACUCAGUCACGACAAAUGGGAAAUCGAUCCGGCCGAACUUCAUUUACUGGAAGAACUUGGCUCGGGCCAAUUUGGCGUGGUACGUCGUGGAAAGUGGCGAGGAUCCAUUGACGUUGCUGUUAAAAUGAUGAAGGAGGGAACUAUGUCUGAGGAUGAUUUUAUCGAAGAGGCAAAAGUGAUGACGAAGUUACAGCAUCAAAACCUAGUCCAGCUCUAUGGCGUUUGCAGUAAGGAUAGACCAAUAUAUAUAGUGACUGAAUAUAUGCGGCAUGGAUCUCUUCUGAACUACCUCCGACGUCAUGAAUCUUCACUCAAUUCUAACGUUGGCCUCUUGCUUGACAUGUGCAUACAGGUCUGCAAAGGAAUGGCGUACUUGGAGAGGCACAAUUACAUUCACAGAGAUCUAGCUGCACGCAACUGCCUUGUCGGAUCUGAGAACGUAGUGAAGGUCGCAGACUUUGGCUUGGCCAGGUACGUGCUGGACGAUCAGUACACUAGCAGCGGCGGUACGAAAUUUCCCAUAAAGUGGGCCCCACCGGAAGUACUGAACUAUACGCGGUUCAGCUCAAAGUCUGACGUCUGGGCGUACGGCGUCCUAAUGUGGGAAGUCUUCACCUGCGGCAAGAUGCCUUAUGGCCGUCUAAAAAACACCGAAGUCGUUGACAGAGUUCAGCGUGGAAUUAUACUAGAUAAACCAAAAGCCUGCUUCAAGGAAGUCUAUGAGGUUAUGAGAAAGUGCUGGGCACACGGACCGGAGGAUCGACCGUCAUUCCGCAUCCUGAAGGAGCAGCUGAUCAACGUUUCGCAAGGUUUGCUCAACGAUUGACUCAACCUUCUGCGGUGUAUGCGCCUGACUUCACCCUCGAGCCACUCGAUCCUGGCUGGAAAGUUUCCAUCGCUGAGCCGUUCGACCUCGUCCUGCAAUUCGUCCUGCAACUCGGCCACGUUGCCAGCCUCGCACAGGAUCCGUGGUCCAUCCUCAUUGCCGACCUUGCCCUCGGCGCUAACGGUCACGUCAUCCACCGCCGCGACGACCACGAGGACCUCGACAACCUCAGCGAAGCUCAAGAGGAAAGGAUCCUCCUCGCCGAGCACGCCCGGCCAUCUUGCUAGUCAGCCAUCGUCCUCGUCUUCCUCAAACGUCUGCGACAUCUGCAGCUCGUACGGUAAUCCUUGGAUCGACAUCUGUCGCGCCAUCAGAGCCAGCAAAGGAAAAUGAAAGGAGUACCACUCGUCACGGUACCUUCGCGACCUUUGAGGAAAAUAAACUCCAUGAUAUUUCGUGGCUAGGGAUAUCUCUUGGCUGGGUACCGAUAACGGGUAUCCGAAACGUUAAACUUAUGUGUAAUUCAAAUUGGUUGAAUCAUCCUGUACCGUAUAAGCGUUCUCCAAGAAACCAAAAGGACUACCAGCCCGGAGAACGUCAUCCUAGGACGAGUCUGUUUCUUCUGCAUCAUUAUCAAACCUCACCCGACUUCCCUUGACUUUCUUACUCUCAGCCACAUAUCCGUCGCCUCCAUUGCUCUUUCUUCGUCCUAACUACUUCGCGACUACGUCUUUAACUGUUAUAUAUAACACAUCGUAAUAGAUCAUAUACAUACACGAGAACCGCACAUGAUAUCAACCAAUAGUCAAUUGUAAGAACUUAUCCAAGGAAGUCCUGCUUUGUGGUUAUCGCGACAACGAAUGGUCCUUAAGGGUGAUGGAUUCAUUAAAUCAAAUGGCUCCAAUGAUUUUCAAUGAAUGCAAUAAAUAGAUUUUACGACCUUCAAUCACUCUUAGACUUUGCCUUAUCGCGGGACAUACAGAGGCGUGUACAUAAUAUAAUACAUAAUUAUUAUGUAAGCUAAAGACUAGAAACAUAAGCGGUCUAACGGCUGUAUCCGCGAAUCCUGCCAGCCUCUCCUUUGAAUCUACUCUUGGUUUACUCGCGCUCGGU